GCGCGGCUUACCCGUCACGCUGCGCUCCUACCAUCAGCACCACCACCACCACCACUAUAUAAUCCCCGAUCGCCUCGCGCACACGCACACCGACCCGCCGGCCGACGAGGCGCAACCGCGCAAGCGCAACGCAACGCAAACCCACACGCGCCGCCGCCGCCGCCUGCGCAGUACCGGCCCGCUCCUCCCUCCUCUCAGGUGCGAUCAGGCUACGGGCUACGGCCGCCUUGGACCCCCCGCGGGCUGCGCCGCCGGACCGUGCUUGCUCAGGCCGAGGGGGACGAGCGGGGCACGCGGCCGCGGCUAACCCGGGCGGCGGGGUGCGGAGGCGGAGAAGGUAGGUAUGGAGAAGUACGAGGCGGUGCGGGACAUCGGGUCGGGGAACUUCGGGGUGGCGCGGCUGAUGCGCAACCGUGAGACCCGGGAGCUCGUCGCCGUCAAGUGCAUCGAGCGUGGACAUCGGAUUGACGAGAAUGUGUACAGAGAGAUCAUCAACCACCGCUCGCUGCGCCACCCCAACAUCAUUCGCUUCAAGGAGGUGAUACUUACACCAACACAUCUUAUGAUAGUGAUGGAGUUCGCAGCAGGCGGAGAGCUCUUCGAUAGAAUCUGUGAUCGUGGGCGGUUCAGUGAGGAUGAGGCCCGAUAUUUCUUUCAGCAGUUGAUCUGUGGCGUGAGCUAUUGCCAUCACAUGCAAAUAUGCCAUCGAGAUUUGAAGCUGGAGAAUGUUCUCUUGGAUGGUAGCCCAGCUCCACGGCUCAAGAUAUGUGAUUUUGGCUAUUCCAAGUCAUCGGUGUUGCAUUCAAGACCCAAAUCAGCAGUGGGAACACCAGCGUAUAUUGCACCUGAGGUACUAUCCCGUCGCGAGUAUGAUGGAAAGCUUGCAGAUGUAUGGUCCUGUGGGGUGACUCUUUACGUCAUGCUUGUGGGAGCAUACCCAUUUGAAGACCCGGAUGACCCCAAGAAUAUACGCAAGACCAUUCAGCAAAUAAUGCAAGUGCAAUACGAUAUACCAGAUUAUGUCCACAUAUCUACGGAAUGCAAGCAACUUAUCGCGCGUAUCUUUGUUGCCAAUCCAAUGAGGAGAAUCACAAUGAAGGAAAUAAAGAGCCAUCCAUGGUUCCUAAAGAACCUGCCACGGGAACUCACUGAGACGGCACAAGCCAUGUACUACAGGAGAGAUAACAGGGUACCUUCUUAUUCAGAUCAAACAUCAGAAGAAAUCAUGAAGAUUGUCCAAGAUGCAAGGACCAUGCUGAAAUCAUCCAGAUCAGGUUACGUGUCGAGCACCGAGUGUUCGGAUGAGGAAGAAGAGAAGGAAGAGGAACGCAGACCAGAGGAGAACGAGGAAGAGGAAGAUGAAUACGAUAGGAGGGUCAAGGAGGUCCAUGCAAGCGGAGAACUCCGGAUGGACGCUCUACGCAUACGAUAACUGGGUUAUUGCGGAACGGAAGGAUUCAGUGGGAUGUAUGCAAUUUUGGCCGCAGAAUUUCUUCUGUUUGGUCGCCCCCCCUGUAACAUAAUUUACUUGAUGCCCUGAGACUCUGGGACAAACUACAAUGUUUUAUAUAUGUAAAACCUGUGAAUAUGAACCAUGCGCGGAUGCACCUGCCUGUCUGCAUUAUACA